AGAUUGCACGAUCACCUACCUAUCAAAAGAAAUUGACUUUGGAAACAUGGGUUUCAUGGGACAAAACCAGUCACAACCUUUAUGGAUUAUAAUCACAAAUUAAGCAAGAUCAGGGAUGAAGAUAGAUUGACUGAUCUUACAAGUUAUAGGCAAUUGAUUGGGAAAUUAUUGUACCUGACCUUUGUUAGGCAAGAUAUAUCUUAUGCAGUGCAAGUUGUCUCAAUUCAUUGGCGAACCUGAACAUGAACAUCUCGCGGAAGCAGCACCAGGUCAAGACAUCUUGAAGAAAUCAAAUUGCAAUUUGUGUAUUUCUGCUUACUUAGUGAAUCCGUGGAACGAGCAAGGGAGCUCUUUGUGCAUGCUGUUCGAAUGGCACCUGCAGAUGCAGUAAACCCCCUGUAUGUUCAAUUUGCAAAGCUGGAGGAGGAUUAUGGGCUUGCAAAGCGAGCUAUGGAGGUGUAUGAUCAAGCAACUAAGGCUGUUCCAAAUCAUGAAAAGCUUGGCCUGUAUGAGAUUCACAUUGCCCGUGCAGCUGAAAUCUUUGGUGUUCCAAAAAUUAGAGAAAUUUAUGAGCAGGCAAUAGAGUCUGGUCUCCCAGAUAAAGACACGAAGACAAUGUGUUUGAAAUACGCAGGGUCAGUAAAGAGCUUAGGAGAAAUUGAUCGUGCUCGUGGAAUAUAUGUAUUUGCAUCUCAGUUUGCAGAACCAUGCCCUGAUGCUGAUUUUUGGGAUGAAUGGCGAGGGUUUGAGGUGCAACAUGGAAACGAAUAUACCUCCACGGAGUGUUUCUGCAAGUUAUAGCCAGGCAAGCUUCUACCGCUGCUGGCAACCUUGACAGGAAGCUGUUUGUGUUAAGUCAUGGUAUUGGUGUAGAUCGAUAGUUGUUUCGGAGUUAACAAGCGCUGACAUGUCAAUUACAUGUCGUUGUUCUUGCAUAAUCGUGACUGAUCCAAGUUGAAACUUGCAGUUUCUGAACUCUAGAUUCUAAUUCUCUUUCGUUUUAUGCUCUUCCAGGCACAUCCAAUGAAGAGAAAAAGAGCGAAGUGAUGCCAUUAUGAGAGACGCAUGCUCCAAUUUCCAUUGACAAAGAAAGGUUAAGCUGGAGUUCUUCAACUUGAAUUGGGGCCUACGUAGUUCAAUUAUAGUCUUCUCUGACAAUUAAUACACCAAGCUUUAAGAUACAGCAAUGCUUUGCCGCAAAGCUUGACCUUUAAGAAGAGUUAAUGCUAGUGCCAUGAAACGAAUGAUUGCAAGCCUAUCUCAUAGGCAAACAUUUCUUAAUUUCAUGAACAUCAAAAUUGAUUGGUUUCAGUUAAUUAUAAAAA